AUGUCCCAAACAUACCCCCGCCCCGACUUCCUCCGCAAAUCCCUAACCUGGACCUCCCUCAACGGCCCCUGGUCCUUCACCUUCGACGACACCAACACCGGCCUCUCCCAGAACUGGCCCUCCACAGGCCUUCCAUCCCAAUCCACCAAAAUAACCGUCCCCUACGCCUUCCAAACCCCCGCCUCAGGAAUAAACCUCCAAGAAGCCCACGAAGUCAUCUGGUACGAGCGACGCAUCAAAGACAUCCGCACCGAGCGCGACCGCGCAGCACGGAACCGCCUCCUCCUCCGCUUCGGGGCAGUCGACUACGAGUCUGAAGUCUGGGUGGAUGGGGUUACUGUCACGAAGCACAGGGGCGGAUAUGUACCCUUUGAUGUAGAUAUUUCGGAUUCGAUAUCUGCGCCCGGUGGUGAGGCUCGCGUGACGCUGCGUGUUCGCGACUCGCCGACGGAUCUUACCCAGCCCCGUGGGAAGCAGUACUGGGGGCCUGUGCCGGAGAGUAUCUUCUAUACGCCGACGAGUGGGAUCUGGCAGAAUGUUUGGCUUGAGGUUGUCCCUAGUGUGAGGAUUGGGGAUAGCAGUGCGGGGACGGUGUUGAGGGGGGAUGAUGUCGAGAGUGGGAAGCUUAGGGGGCAGAUUGCGAUUUCUGGAGUGCCAGCUAGUGGUGGAUCUACUGUUUCUGUCACCACUUCGUUGUCUGGGACUGUUGUUGGGAAGACAAAGGUCGAUAUUCCGGUUAACCAGGGAUCAGGGGCCUUUGAGGUGGAUGUGCGUGUUGCUGAGGGUGCAGUCCCGAAAGAAGGGAUUUUUUCUGGUGACGGGGUGUGGCAUAAUGGCGUCGCACUGUGGGCGCCUGAUCAUCCGGUCCUAUAUGAUGUCGUUCUGCAACUGGCUGGUCCAGAUGGAACUGUACUUGACGAGGUGCAGACCACUGCUGGUAUGCGAAGCGUGACGUGGGAGAAUGGGGAUGGGACAUUCCGACUAAACGGCAAGCCGUACUUCCAGAUGCUCUGUCUGGACCAGGGAUACUGGCCCGAGACGGGCCUUACGCCUCCCUCAGCAGAGGCAUUGAAGGAGGACAUUAUCCUCGCGAAGAACAUGGGCCUGAACGGGUGUAGAAAGCACCAGAAGGUCGAAGACCCGGCGUUCCUUUACUACGCGGACCGACUUGGGUACCUCGUAUGGGGUGAGAUCGCGAAUGCGUAUGAAUUCAGUGCAGAAUACGUCGACAGGUUCAACGACGAGUGGGCGCAGGUCGUCCAGCGCGAUCGAAACCAUCCAUGUAUUGUUGUCUGGACCCCAGUGAACGAGAGCUGGGCAUACAAGAACCUGAAGGACAACGCGCAGGAACGGAGCCAUAUUCGGUCGCUCUACAAGACCACAAAAUCCCUCGAUCCCUCGCGCCCUAUCAACGACAACUGCGGCUGGGAACACGUCCAGACAGACCUGACAACAUACCACGACUACAGCGACUCCGCAGAACUCGCAAACAUCUGCUCCAAGAUGGAAGGCGGCAUCCUGGCUCGCAAGCUGAACGGCGAGAUGUUCCUGGAUCCAAUCACCCAAGGAUCCAGCGUCAUCGAUCCCGGCUCGAAACACAAGCCCGGCGCCCCGGUGAUCUGCUCGGAAAUGGGCGGCGUCAAUAUCGCUCCGGCAAAGGGGGCUCAGGCGUCCGACCGGGAUUGGGGAUACACGACUGCAGCUGAUCCGAAUGAUCUGCUUGCGCGGUUGGAGAAGUUGUUCAUGGCUGUGGUGGAGGGUGGGCAUUCGUGCGGAUUUGUUUACACCCAGCUCUCCGAUAUUGAACAGGAAGUCAACGGGCUUUACUCGUAUGACCGGAGGGAGAAGGUUCCUGCGGCCAGAGUCAAGGCGCUCAUGGAUGCUGCUGCGCAGUAUUACUACAAGAAUGUUGCGCCUGCAUCUUAA